CAUUUUCUCAGUACGCGAAGAACUCUGAACGCAGGCGGUUGGUUGCUCUUGGCUCUUGGUAGAUUUUCUCGAUAUUUUCUCCGUUUUUGCUCUCGCAUCGCAAACGCUGGCUCCUGGUCCGCGCCAAAAGUCCAAAUCGAAGAAUUCAUCAGCAUAAAAGUGGAGACAACGACAACGAGGGGAGAACAGAGUCAAAGAAACCGAAAAUAAAUAUGUGAGUGCGUGUGCGUGCUUGCCUCCGUCUGUGUGUGUGUGUGUGUGCGCGUAUGUGCGUUUAUUUUUAAGCACCGGCCCCAAAGGCAAAUGUGAAGUGCAAGCGAGAAGGGAAGUCAAAACCAAAUCAGAAAUAGCCCCGCCGCCAAGGAUAGAAAGAGAGAGGGCGCGCCGCAAGCACAGCACCGCAACAAACACCGUUUGACAGAAUGAGAGCGCAGCCGAACACAAAGUCGGCCGCCCAGUGGCCGCCCCUCCUCGGGCUCCUCGGACUUAUCGGGAUCAUCGGGAUCCUCGAGCCCACAGUGGCAGCCGCCGCGAGCAGCGCCUAUGGCGCAUCCUUCAUCUCAAAUCCGGGAAUCUAUGCCUACUCCGUGGCCAAUCAGCAGGCGCCCAGGGACAAUGACAUCAAGUUCGCCUCCACCGCCGCCGGCGGCGCAGCAGCAGGGGCGCAAUCCUCUGCAGACUCGAAUUUGAACCGCAAUUACUACUACACCAACAACAAUCCUGAAUCUCUGGCUGAGGGCCUCUCCGCGAGCUCCUCGCUUAACGCUCCCCCACCCACACAGCCAGCCCCGCAGACGGGCUGCACUCUGGACCGCCUGGCCGUCUACAAGGUGGUCCUGCACACCUACUGGACCAGGGAGCUAUUCCCCAAACACUAUCCCGACUGGCGACCCACCGCCCAAUGGACCAAGACUUUAGGUCGCACACACAAUGCCAACUAUGCGCUCUACCACAUCGGACAGCCGGCGACGGGGGCUGUCAAACAGUUCGCCGAAACGGGCAGGACGGACCUGCUGGACAGCAAUGCUGGCGAACAGCAGCAGCAGCAAAUGCAGAUGCAGUCACAGACAGGCAAAUCCCUGCCAGGUGGAUCUACGGCCACCACCACAGCCACAGCCCCACCAACAGGAGCCGCCGCGGCCACCGCCGCAUUCACAGCCAGCGAGCGUAGCGUAUUCGACGAGUUCAGCCUCCCAGCGAUUCAAAUGGGCGCCGGACGCAGCGAGGCGAAGGUGUUUGUCGACAGCAAUCAUAGCCUGGUGUCGCUAAUGACGCGCAUUGUUCCCUCGCCGGACUGGUUCAUAGGCGUUGAUUCAUUUGAGCUCUGUGUGGGCGGCUCCUGGAUAGACACCGUGACCGUUGAACUGGAUCCACUGGAUGCGGGCACCGAUAAUGGGUUCACCUUCACGGCGCCCAACUGGCCGACAGCGCCGCAGGGUGUCAUCUACCGGAUUACCUCCCGCUAUCCGGGCCAUCCGGCGGGCAGCUUUUAUUAUCCGAAGAGCAAGCGCUUGCCGCCCAUUGCCACGUUCCAGUUCAUCAAGCUGAAGGAAUACGAGCUUAGCGAGGUGUUCAACAUUGCCGAGGACGAUCGCAAAUAUGAGAUGGUGCAGACCCAAACCCAUCUCGACGCCGAGCACAAUCACGUGGAGAUGAACAACGAGCUCUCGGCCAGCAUAGAGCGCGAGCGCCAGACGGAGCAACAGCAACAGCAGCAGCAGCAGCAGCAGCAGCAGGAGCCGCAACAGCAGCAACAGUUGCAGCAAUUCAAUGACGAGAGGCAGCGCAUCCGUUCGCAGCUGCUGGCCAAAAUGAAUCCCAUCUACAGCUACGGCGGCAACAACAGCCAACAGCAGGCCCCGCAGCUGGGCAGCGUGGUGCCCAAGAACGACAAGCACGCCAUCUUGCAGAGCAUCGCCAGCAGCUACCGGCGUGCCACGGAUGCCACUAAUAAUAUCAACACCAACCUGACGGCAUCCACCGCCUCUGCAUCCGCCUCCGUUGGACAGUCACCAUCCCAAUCACAGUCCCAGUCCGUGGGCAGGGGAAAUCUAUCCCGUCGUCGCUCUCAGUCGCAGCGACGUCGCGACUGUCGCGUGAGCCACUGGUCGGAGUGGACGGCCUGCAGCAAGAGCUGCGGCAUCGGGGAGAUGCAUCGGUAUCGCAAGGUCAUCAAGCACGGCAAGCGGGGCGGCCGCCCCUGUCCGGCGCUGCAGCAGUCCAAGUGGUGCGGCACCGAGCGCAACUGCCACGGCCCACAGACCUACUUCAACUGGUCCGACUCCGACACAUGAACGAGCCCCGGAGUGGAGCAGGCGCAGGCGAUAUAAAUAUAAUUUUAAUUUACGGCGUAAGAAUUGCUUUUUCUGUGCAAAAAGAAGCACCAAGGAACAGGGGGAGAGAAGGAGAAGCAGGAUUCGGAUACGGAGGAUACCUGCACCGAAAUGAGAUUUUAAUUUUAAUUUAGAUUACGAUACGAAAUUGAUUUUAAAGCAGCAAACACCGCCAUGCCAGAGAAUGGAUAAAGCGGCGUGGAUAAAGGAGAGUGGAUAACUGGAAUAAAUUGCAUAUGAAACAGAGAGGACGGAGGGGAAGACUACUGACAAUAUUUAACACAAAAAGGAUUUAGACAAAGACAGGUGGCAGAAGGGGAGGCCGAAGGAAACCCAACAUCAGGCCUGCAGCAGUUCGAAAUUUAACUAUUUUUGAUUUCAGCCUCAUUUGGAUUCGACUUUCAGUUGCUUUAGCUCUAAAUAAUAUGUAAAAAUCAACAGCAACAACAGAAUAUAUUAUAAAACAAAAACAAAACAAAAACAAAACGUAUAAGAAAAAGAUAAACAGUAGACGUACAAAGGCAUAGAAAGCAAAUCAAAUUAAACAACAAGCGUGAACAUUUGCAUAUACCCAAGACAAGGAAACCCAACCAGAGCAAGCCCAAAGAAAACCCCCAAAAGAAAACCAAACCAAAUGCAACAACAACAACAACACCACACUGCGCACUACAGACGCACAACAGUAUACCGGAGUGUGUGUGGGCUGUGUGUGUGCGUGUGUAAUACACACUGUGUAUGUGCGUAUGUGCAUGUGUGUUUGGUGUUUGUGGUUCAGCAACUAAGCUAAUAUUAGAUGUAAACUAAGCUAAUUGAUAACAUUAAAUGGAUUGCAAAUAAAAGUCAACCACAAAACCGAAACACAUGAAAUCUGAUU